AUGUCAUCAACAAAUCAAUCAACUCAACCUGUCAGUCAACAAUUACCAACACGCGAAAAUAGCCAAUUUAAAAAGCUUGUGCGUUUUUAUGAACAAAAACAAUAUAAAAAAGGUUUGUCAUGUACUAAAGAAAUAUUAAAAAAAUUCCCAAAUCAUGGCGAAACAUUGGCUAUGAAAGGUUUAAUCCUUAAUUCUAUGGGUAGGAAAGAAGAAUCUUUAGAAAAUAUUCGUAAUGGAAUCAAAAAUAAUUUCACAAGUCAUGUAGUAUGGCAUGUCUAUGGUCUAUGGCAAAGAUCUGAACGAAAAUAUGAUGAAGCAAUCAAAGCUUAUAAAAGAGCAUUACAAUGUGAAAAAGAUAGUCUAACAAUUCUUCGUGAUUUAUCAUUAUUACAAAUUCAAAUGCGUGAUCUCGAUGGUUAUAAAGAAACACGUCAUCAACUAUUUAAUUUAAAACCUGGUCAACGCCAAUCAUGGGUUGGCUUUGCAAUGUCUUAUCAUUUAUUAGGUGAUUAUGAUAUGGCACAAAGUGUACUCGAAGAAUUUCGAAAAACUCAACAAGAUCGUCCAGCACUUUCGCCAGACAAACCAUUUGAUAUUGAACAUUCAGAAUAUUUACUAUAUCAAAAUUUUGUUUUACGUGAGAGUGGACAAUAUGAAGAUGCUCUACGUCAUAUACAAGUACAUGAAAAAGAUAUUUAUAAUAAAUUAACUAUUGCAGAAAUAAAAUAUGAUCUAUACAUGCGUUUGGGUACAAAUGAUCGUGCGGAAACAAUUCUACGAGAUUUAAUUGAACGUAAUACUGAAAAUAAGAAAUAUUAUCAUAUGUUAGAAAAAUGUCUACAAGUAACGGAUAUUAAUGACAAAAUGAAAUUAUAUGAAAAUCUUAUUGAAAAAUAUCCUAGAGCUGAUGCACCCAAACAAAUUACUUUACACUUUCUAACCGGUGAAUCAUUUGCGAAAGCAAUUGGAUCAUACCUACAAAAAGGAUUUCAAAAAGGUGUACCCUCACUGUUUCAAUCUGUUAAAUCUUUAUACGCAACAUCAGACAAAGUUCAAAUAAUUGAUACACUUCUACUCACUUAUUUAAAUAAUUUAACUAAAUAUGGAACAUUCGAAACUUUAUCUGACACUGAAAAUUUAACAGCAGAGGUCGAACCAGCUACAAGUCUUCUUUGGUUACAGUACUAUCUGGCUCAACAUUACGAUUAUUUAGGUGAAAUAAACAAAGCAUUUCAAUAUAUCAAUCAAGCUAUAUAUGAUACACCAACACUUGUCGAACUCUAUAUGUUUAAAGCAAAAAUAUUUAAGCAUGCUGGUGAUUAUCAAACGGCUGCUUCAUGGAUGGAUGAAGCUCAAUCAAUGGAUACAGCUGACCGAUUUGUCAAUUGUAAAUGUACUAAAUAUUUCUUACGUGCUAAUCAAAUAAAUACUGCACUUGAAAUUGCCGGAAAAUUUACACGAGAAAAUUCUUCACCAGCUGAUUAUCUUCGUGAAAUGCAAUGUAUGUGGUUUGAAUUAGGAAUGGCACGAGCCUAUCGUCGUUUAAAAAGAUAUGGUGAAGCUCUUAAAAAAUGUCAUGAAAUUGAUCGACAUUUUCAAGAAUUCAUGGAUGAUCAAUUUGAUUUCCAUUCGUAUUGUCUCCGCAAAAUGGUGCUUUGUGCUUAUGUUGAUAUGCUUAAUCUCGAAGAUCAUAUAAAGGGUCAUCGAUUUUUUCGUCAAGCAGCCGAAAUUGCUGUUGAAAUUUAUAUUCGUCUCUAUGAUCAUCCUGCUUCCGAACAAGAUAAUGAUACAAAUAAUACUCUUGCUAACAUGUCAGUUGCUGAAGCAAAAAAACAUAAAAAUAAACUACGUAAACAACAAUUACGUGAACAACAAGAAAAACAAAAACUAAUGGAAGCUGAACGUCGUAAAAAAGAAUUUCAACGUAGUCGAAAUAAAGAAGAUGCUGAAGAAGAAAAAGUCAAAGAAGAAGAAAUCGUUGCCGACAAACUUGAACACUGUGAAAAACCAUUAGACGAAGCGAUGCGAUUCUUACAACCGCUUGAAGAUUUUUCUGGUAAUUUCAUACGAACACAUUAUCUAGGUUUCGAAGUUUAUUAUCGACGAAAAAAACAUCUUCUAAUGUUACGUUGUUUAAAGCGAAUGAAAAAAAUAGAUACAAACAAUGCUAAACUUCAUUCAUGUUUAAUGAAAUUUUUAAAAUUAGUUGAAACUGAGCCUAUAGCUGAUGAAAGAAUACGAACAUUAAUCGAGGAUGAAUUAAAAACAUUUGGUGUAAAACAAGGAGAUUCAACAAAGAACAUUGAAGAACUCAAUGAAGAAUUUAUUAAAAAUCAUUCAAAUUCAUUAUCCCAUCGUGCUGAAGCUGCUAAAAUCAUGUUUCUCAUUAAUCCAACAAAUAAUGUUAAAGCAAUCGAAUUUCUUACAACAUUGGAUUCAAAUUUUAGCGAUCAAAACUUAAAAAUAUGUACAAGUAUAUACGAAGAUAUACAAGCAGGUGACUAUGGUCUCAUUGAAUCUUCAACACUUGAAAAGUAUCGUCUCGAAUGUAAUCGUCAUUGGCCACAAGCGAAUCUAUUUCAAGUAAACCCAACUUCAACGUUUGAUCAAUCAUUGUUACCGCCGUCCUAUUCAUCACUAUCAAAUCCACCACCUCCAUAUUCAUCUUGUGAUAGUCAGACAAAUGGGGAUGCAACAGUAUUACUCAAGCAGAAUUAA